AUGGCACCCUCCAAUAACACCAGUACAGCUAGCCUUCCAGUUGCAUCUACAUCCAGUCCUUCCCGCCCGGCCCAGGUCAAUCAAGGCUCGUUUCCUGUCGCAAGCAUUAUCAUUCUCGCAAUCUCUAUAAUUGGCAUGGGUGUCCUCGUAGUCUGGGUGUUUCUUCAGCACCGCUCAUCAGCCAGGAUCAAGCAAAGCUCAUCGGAGGUCAACGAAGACGAGCCAAGACCGUUCAACAGACUCUGGUCUCGUAUACUCUCAAAGUCGCAUCUUUGGCGUUCAAAAACCAAGUCAGCUACCAAGCACAAGCAGGGCGAGAUGACUACUGUCAGCGCGUUGCAUGCGACAUGCACCUUCGUCGCUGCUGCACCAUCGAAAAUUCUUGCCCCUCCUGUCGUGAUGCAGUUCAGAGUACCGGACGCAGAGAAAUUUGUUGUGCUAUGUUCGGUCGGUUGUUCGCUGUCGGCGCACUAUGCAUGUGGCGAUCCCAAGCCGUGGGUGCAGAGUACUUUCGUCGGUAUUCCACAUCUAGCCCAAGAGCAGCUUCCCGUGAAUAAUCAGCCAUCAAGUAUUCCCGAGCGUCAGUCGUAUAGCGUCGAUAUCCCGCCUUCCGAUCAGGAUCAUUCACUUACCAUCGAGCUACCCGGCCCCUUUUUUGAAGACCAGCCCCGAUCGCCUUCUGUUCCACCAAAGGGGCCGAAGAGGACGCUUGCCUGA